AUGUAUAUGUCAUCAUUGUCUCCGAGACUCCACAAAGCAUACAAAGCUAGAUGUGUUAGCUUACCGGUUCGCUCUCAUCCGAGUGUUAGGAGGAUUCAAGAAGUACUUUCCAAGGUUAGAGCUUUGGGGUCGUCUUCGUUAGAGUCGAGGAUGAUGGUCCGAGACGGUCUCUCUGGUCUCACCGAGCUUUAUAGAUGCUUAAGUGAAGAUUUGUUCAAGUCUUCUUCUGACACCCAGCAAGCUCUUCUCAAUGGUGGCUUGAUGGAUGAUCUUCUUGAAAUGUCUUUGAAGUAUUUAGACGUUUGUGGAGGAGUAAAGGAAGGUGCAUCGAGGAUCAAGAAGAGUGUUGUUGAGCUUCAGUCUGCUUUGAGACGGAGCAAGAAGGGAGGUGAAUUUAGCCUCGAGAGUGACGUGGAUGCUUACGUGGCAAUGCGGAAAGAGAUAAAGAAGGAGAUCAAGAAGUAUAUGGCAAUGUCGAAUGAGACAGACGCAUGUUUAGAGAGUAGAGUUUGGUGUGGUGAUGAUGAUCAAGAGAUUAGUGCUUUGGUUAGACUGAUGCAAGAAACAAGUGUGAUCACUUGUUUCGUCUUACGCACGGUUUUGUCGUUCUUGUCGUCGCCUAAAGGGUUAAAGGCUAAUAAUCAUCAUCAUCACAAAGGUUGGGGUAUUGUUAUGAAGCUUGUGAAGAAAGGAAUAGAUCAUCAUCAUCAGGAUAAGAGAGAUCAUGAUGAGAAAGGCUUUUCUUGUCUCGAGCUUGAAGCUAUGGAAGCUGACAUCGGGAAGCUCGUUGUGAUGACGACAAGGGAAGAUCAAGAAGAGGAGAAAGAGACUAGUGAGGAAGUAAGUGAGAGAAUCCAAUGUGCAUUGGUUAGAUCGAAAAGUGUAGAGGAAGCCAUGGAAGAGCUUGAAGAGGGACUCGAAGGAUUGUUCAAGGUGAUGAUACAAACUAGAGUUUCUCUUCUUAACAUCUUAUCCACAUAA